AUGGCGCCAGCUCGUUGGUCACAGCGAUGCAUAUGGAUGGAGACCGCAAAAUCAGUAUGUUUACCAAAAACAACUAUCACGCGUCUAAAAUGUGAUCGGCCCACCUGUCCGGCCCUUUACGUCCUUAUCAAGACCCACAAGCUUUCCGCUGCCGAAUUAAGUUCGAACAACCCAGGGGAUUUCAAUGUUAGGCCUAUCAUUAGCAAUAUUGGAGGUCCCACCGACAGAAUAUCCUGGUUCCUUAACACUAUUCUCAGCCAGCUACUCCAAUACGUUCCAGCUCAUCUCUCAAACACAAAAAGGUUCAUAGAGCACCUCCGCAAAGCGCGCCUUGAUGGAGAUUGUGUCAUCGAAUCCUUCGAUGUCACUUCGCUCUACACCUACGUCUCCACUGAUGCUGAACUACAAGCAACAUCAGAGCUGCUUCUCGAACACCAGGAGACUCUUAACAUGUAUGGGUUUGCGAUACAGCAAAUAAUGAUGCUGCUAAGCGAAUGUCUGGAUGUUAAGUAUUUCGCUGGUCUGGGCAAUACUAUAGGCAGAAUAGUGGACAGACUUUGUGAGACACCCAAUUGCAUCGUUUAUCCGAACAGGGGGCAGUGA